CUUGCAAAGCUGGGGCAUACGGCACUGGGUGCAGUCACAACUGUAGCCAGUUCUGUAGUACGGACGAUACGAUGAACAUUCGAUGUCACAAUGUAAACGGGAGCUGCCUGAGUGGCUGUGUGCUGGGCUACCAGCCUCCAAUGUGCACGGCAUUGUGCAACGCCGGCACUUACGGACCGGGAUGUAAAGCGGUCUGCAGUCCCGGCUGUGCCAGGUCAGCGGACAAUCCAGAAGUCUACUGUGACAACGUCAACGGGUCCUGCGCCUACGGAUGUGCCAGUGGAUAUUCUGGGGACGACUGCGAUACUAGCUGUGGUCCCGGAACGUUCGGACCAUCUUGUAGUUUGCAGUGCAGCAAAAAUUGUGCCAACGCCACCAACGGGACGAUCCCAGCCUGCGACUCUUUGAACGGGACUUGCUCCAGAGGCUGCCUCAGUGGAUUUCGUGGUCCUUUCUGCAACUUGAGCUGUAGGAAAGAUAUGUACGGCCAAGACUGCUCACAUGAAUGUUCAGCCAGAUGUGCAUCUCCUCCUGAUGGUAAAAGCACUCACUGCAACUUCAUCAACGGUUCGUGUCUCCAUGGCUGUAUUGAGGGCUAUAUUGGAGAAGAUUGCGACCACGGUGA